AUCCAGAAUGGAUAACGAAAGUGAACAAAAUGAGUAUUCAGACUACAGUGAAGAUGAAGACUUGGGGUUGCUGAAGAAGGCACUUUACGUUGAGCUGCCAGAGAAUUUCGAUCCGAAUAAAAUUCCAUCAAAUGGUGAAGAAUAUCUACAGAAAGUUAUGUAUGAGGCGAGAAAUUGUCCUGCAUUGAAAGUCGCACCAGUUGAUUCUAUUAAAAUCAAACCACCAACAAAAGUUCAAAUGAUAGAAAAUUGCAUGAAAGCACCUCCAUCAAUGCUCCCAUCAAUGUCGUGGCAACUGGAAACCAUUAAAGAUUUUACCAAAUUUCGCAAAUUUAUGUCUAAAGAACUAGAAAAUUACCCCAACUCAAAGAAAAAAGACAAUCUUGCUGAAUGUUUAACCGGACUUCCAAAAUUAGCUACAGUUGCUGCCUUGACUCAAGAGGAUAAGAUAAAAGUAUUAGAAACGAUCUUAUCACAACUGAAUAAUAUUAAGAAAGGAAAACCUAUGGCUACAGUGGAAGGAGUAUGGAUCUACAGUAUACUUGCUACUCUUGAAAUACCAUUGUGCCCAGAUACUUGUCAUAUAUUGAGGGAAGUGGCUAGAAAGUGUUCACAAAUUCGAUCGAGUUUGGAAAAAUCAGCUGUGGAGAAAGAUUAUGUGACGCUGAAUCUUAUAAUUUGUUUGAUUGCCAGGUUUUAUAGACAAUUGGAUCUUGCUGAUGAGUAGAGAAAAUUAGAUUUAUGAAUACAGGUUUUUAUACAUUUUUCAACAUGUCAUGAUUUUUAAUUA